AUGCAAGAAAAAGAAGUUUCUGGAGACACAAUUUGCAAGAGAGAUCGGAUGCUGAGCGAGAUGACAAGAGAGAAGAGAUGCCAGAUGGGCGAAAAGCCACAGUUAGCAGAGAGAGAUGUUGAGAAGAUCGAAAGACCAGAGAGGAACGAGAAGAGGAUGCUGGAGAUGAAAGAUGCUGGGGAGUGGAAACGGUGUGUGACGACAUCAGUGACGUCAUUCGCCGUUGCUGAGCCCCAUUGUCUCGCGCCUUCAGGGUCCGUCCGGUUGUGCGAGGAAGAUCGUGUGUCAGGAAAGGGACAGAAACGCAUGGAUCUCCUGCCCUGGGCUGUUAUCUGCUCAGAGCGAAAGAAAAAGGACAAGAGAAGUAACCGCGAAGGCAGUAGCGACGAGGAAUCACUCACAAAAAGUGCAGUUUCCCCGGACUUUUCAUCUGUAAGUAGCUUUAAAUUUGCUGCCAAACAGCACAUUUCACCAAUUCCCUUAACAAAGUGGGAACGACUCAAGAUGGCCUCUAAAAAUCUUGCGGCCCUCAGUUCUUCAACAAUAGAAGCUCGAUCCAGUCCUUAUUAUGAGAUCAGUGCUAUCGGCACAGAGAGGAAAGCAUCUGUUAUAUCACUCACGUGCACUUUUAAGCCGCAGGAUCCGGAACCAAGAUCAGCAACUCAGGACUACCCAGCCCUUAGCCGACUGAGGAUCCUCUCUGGCUCCCCACUUCACCUUCAGCACCCUACCAUACCACAACAGUUCCAUCAGCAUAACCAACUGCAGCAGGCAGUUCCAUCAGCAACAGUUCCAUCACAGAACCAACUGCAGGCAGCAGUUCCAUCAUCAGAACCAACUGCAGCAAGCAGUUCCAUCAUCAGAACCAACUGCAGGCAGCAGUUCCAUCAGGCAGAACCAACUAACCAAAUGCAGCAGCAGUUCCAUCAGCAGAAGCCAACCGCAGCAGCAGUCCAUCAGCAGAACCAACUGCAUCACAGCAGUUCCAUCAGUAGAACCAGCUGCAUCAGUAGUUCCAUCAGCAGAGCCAACCUCAGCAGCAGUUCCAUCAGCAACACUAACUGCAGCAUGUCGUAUAGCAAAUCAGAGAGAGUCCAUGCCCAGCGCUUGUCCUACGGCUUCAGGACAGGAGGAAUGACUUCUGCCCCGCUGGGCAGAAUUCCAUCAGCAGAACCAACUGCAGCAGGAGUUCCAUUAGCAGAACCAACUGUAGCAGAAGUUCCAUCAGCAGAACCAACUGCAGCAGGAGUUCCAUUAGCAGAACCAACUGUAGCAGAAGUUCCAUCAGCAGAACCAACUGCAGCAGGAGUUCCAUUAGCAGAACCAACUGUAGCAGAAGUUUCAUCAGCAGAACCAACUGCAUCUCAGCAGUUCCAUCAGCAACACUGCAGCAGCAAUUUCAUCAGCAACACUGACUGCAACAGCAGUUCCAUCAGCAACACUGACUGCAGCAGCAGUUUCAUCAGCAACACUGACUGCAGCAGCAGUUCCAUCAACAACACUGACUGCAGCAGCAGUUUCAUCAGCAACACUGACUGCAACUGUAGUGAAUCUCCAGCCAAAACCAACUGCGGCAGCAGUUCCAUCAACAGAAAAACUGCAGCAGCUGUUCCAUCAGCAGAACCAACUGCAGCAGCAGUUUCAUCAACAACAUUAACUGUAGCUGCAGUUUCAUCAACAGAGAAACUGCAGCAGCUGUUCCAUCAACAGAGAAACUGCAGCAGCUGUUCCAUCAGCAACACUAACUGCAGCAGCAGUUUCAUCAAGAGAACCAACUGCAGCAGCAGACCAACUGCAUCAGUAGUUCCAUUAGCAGAACCAACUGCAGCAGCAGUUCCAUCAGCAGAACCAACUACAGCAGCAGUUCCAGCAGCAACAGUUCCAUCAGUAGAACAACUGCAGCAGCAGUUCUAUCAACAGAACCAACUGCAGCAGCAGCAGUUUCAGCAGCAAAAGUUCCAUCACAAAACCAACUGCAGCAGCAGUUCCAUCAGCAGAACCAACUGCAGCAGCGGUUCCAUCUGCCAAACCAGUUGCAACAACAGUUCUAGCAGCAACACCAACUGCAACAGCGGUUCCAAGAGCAGAACCAGCUGCAGCAGCAGUUUUAUUAGCAGCACCAGUUACAGCGACUGUUCCAUCAGCAUUAGCAGUUCCACCCAAAACACUAAUAGCAACUGUUCUAUCAGGAGCCAGUUGCAUCAACAAUUCCAUCAGCAGCACCAGCUGAUUCAUCAACAACACAAGCUUCAGCAGCAUUCCCAUCAGCAGCAGUUCCAACAGCAGUAG